AUGGCCUCAGAGCUAGGGUUAGCGCCGCCGGCGAAACGCCCGACACCGUCCCCCACCACGAUUACCGCUAUCGGAGACGACCUCCUCCUCGAGAUCUUCCUCCGCCUCCCCUCCCUCCCGAGCCUCGUCCGCGCCGCCCUCGCCUGCCGCACCUUCCUCGACGCGGUCCGUUCGUCCCCCGCCUUCCGCCGCCGCUUCCGCGCGCUCCACCAGCCCCAGCUCCUCGGAUUCUUCAUCGACUCCUGCCGUAGCAAUCCCUUCGUCCCGUUCCGCAGCCGCUCCGACCCGGACCUCGCCGCCGCCGUCCGCGGCGCCGAUUUCCUCCUCACCCGCCUCCCGGAGGACAGCGAUUCCUCCCCCGGAUGGCACAUAGAGACCUGCUACGGUGGCUGCGUCGUCCUCGUCAACCUGUCUACAUACCAGGUCGCUGCUUACAACCCCCUUACGCAGGCACUGCAUCUCUUCCCCUUUCCGACCACCAACGGGAUCCUCGUCAACGCCUUGCCUGAGUUCAUUUUCUUAUCCGAAGAGGACCAGGAGGCCCGUAUGAUCUGUGUCCAACACCGGAACAAGCCGGAGCAAGUGCCGGCGCGUCUAGCUGUUUUCUCACCGGCCACCAGGGAGUGGCAGAUCUUGCCGUGGGUGGAGACCCCCCAGCCAUCUCAACCUGAGGACGAUGAAGACAGCGAUCCCCCGUUUCUCCCUGGUACACAGCUGAAAGGAUUCGUUUAUUGGAGACACGCGAGUAAAGCUUAUGUACUCGUUCUCAACACUGCAACAAUGCAAUUCUCCAGAGUGGAUUUGCCGCCAUUCUUAGAGAUGGACCCUACGCUGUUAAGUGUGAGUUUGGGUCAUAGCAAGGAUGGAAAGCUCUGCCUGGCUGUCAUAGAGACAGAAACGCUUAUUGUUUGGCUUUGGAGAGCUGAUGAUGAUGGUGUUGAGAAAUGGAUGCAGGAAGGUACUUUUCCGCUGAGUACAUUUGUGGAUGACACUAAGAUUUCAGCAGAGGAUUAUACCACAGUGCAGAUCGAGGAUGUCAUUGAGGGCUUUGUGUACGUGUCUACUAAGUAUGAUGGGUACACCGAGUCCCUCCAUUCCCUCUGCCUGGAAACAGCAAAGCUGAACAAGCUUUUUGAUAAUAAGUAUACAAACACUGCUCAUCCUUACAUCAUGGCGUGGCCUCCUUCUUUGGUAGGCAACAAGGAAGAUUUAGAAAACAAAGUUACCGGAGAGAAUGUGGCGAAUGAUGGUCCAGCGGGCCCAGAAGAAGCUCCCUCUGUUCUUGUCACAGCAUUGCGGUCAUAUAAAGAAGCUCUUAUUAAUGAUGAUGGGGCAAAAGUUGCGGAGAUAGAGUCAUUUCUACUUUCUAUUGAGGAUGAGAAAAAGUCUCUAGCAGCACAGUUGACAACUGCGAGAGAUUGUAUCUUGAGGAUAAGUGCCGACAUUGAUGGCUACAGAAGAAGGCCAGAAAGAGAGAGUCAGUUUCCUUCUGCUUGGUUUUAUAUCUGA